GUAUUGUUCUUUUUGUCACAAUCGAAACCACGACGCCGCACCUGGGGACAAUGGCAAGCCCGCCGUCUCGGUAGUUUCUUUUACGUACCGGAUCUGUGCCUGCUAUACUUUUCUUUCCUUCUCUUCUUACCCUCCCUGCUGCCGUUCUGGUUCUCAUUCCUGAAGCUCUCGCCAAAGUUUCAUCGACGGGCAACGUGAACAGCUCAAGACGUGCUGAGACCCCAGAGUCUCCUCCCGCGCCGACCUUCUGUCUUGUUAUUACUCUAUAUACCCUCACGCCUAUUUCGUUUCGCGAUGGCUGAUUCUUAUCGGAGCACCGGCCCUGGCAACGGCCGCGUCUCAGCUCGGCGGGCCAACUUCAACCCCUUGGCUGCUCACCAUGAAGCAGCACCACCAGGCUUGGAUGGCCUCUCGUCUGAUGAUUCAGAUGCCCCCGCGCUGGUGUCUGCGGAUCUUUACCAGAUGAAACCCUUCUUCCCAGGCCAGCCCAAGUCACUCUCCGGGAUCGCCCUCAGAGCCUUUUGUCUGGGCAUCGCGCUCGCCGUCAGUGGCAUCGCCGCGGCGGGCAUCUUGCUCUUUACCGACAGCCCCAUCUGGCGCGUCCCCUUCUUCCUCUUUGCGCUCUCGAUCUUCCACUUCCUCGAGUUCUGGUGCACUGCCGAGCGCAACACCCUCGUCGCCAAGAUUGACAGCUUCCUCCUUACCGCCAACUGGCCAUCGUACGCCAUCGCCCACUCCGCCGCAUUCCUCGAGUGCGCAAUCGUCAGCGUCUUCUUCCCAAACCGCUCCUGGACGCCGUUUGGGCUGGCUCCAUGGUUUCUCGCCCUGGGCCUUUUCUUGACUCUCAUUGGACAGGUCGUUCGUUCGGUGGCGAUGUUGCAAGCUGGUGCUAGUUUCAACCAUAUGGUGCAGACAAGGAAGGCCGACUCACACCGGCUGGUCAAGUCGGGCAUUUACUCCAUUUUCAGACACCCGAGCUACUUUGGCUUCUUCUACUGGGGACUGGGCACACAAAUGGUGCUAGGGAAUGUCAUCUGCUUUGUCGGGUAUACGGCCGUUCUAUGGCUAUUUUUUAGCCGGAGGAUAAGGCAUGAGGAAGCUAAGCUGAUCGAGUUCUUCAAGGACGACUAUAUCCAGUACCGCAAGAACGUUGGCACCAGGAUGCCUUUCAUUGGAUGAAGCAAGUCCAUGGAGUAUGAUUGAGGGCGUACUGUGCCGCGGAUCGUGACUUAUAAGUCGCUGGUGGUUCCAGAAGGUCACGGCAAGGCGCGUCGUUGACAUGAGAACGUAUUUUUGGAUAUAAAUAU